AUGUAUUAUAAAUAUGGUUCCGGUACGAAUGCGCGCGGCGGGGCGGGCGGGCUGGCGGCGCGCCAGGGCAGGGCGGGCGGUCCGCAGUCGCGCCGGAGCAGUGCUACCACCGACGUGUUCCCCGAGGAGCAGGUAGGUGCUCGCCGGCUGCGGCCGACAGGUGGCGUUCCCGCCGCCGUGCCCACUCGUGCGCACACACCUACCUACGUAUCUCCCCGCACAACUCCCCACGUGCGUCGCAAACUACCGGAA